AUGCAAACUAGCAGACCCUCGUCUGUCUCUCACAAGCCGGCAUGGUCCCCUCAAUCAUGGAGGUCUCAGCCGGUGCAUGAGCAGCGAAUUAUCUAUGCUGAUGAAAGCCACCUUCAUGCUGUCUUAACAAGACUCUCGGAGCUCCCUCCCCUUGUCACUCCGGCGAGGAUUGAAGCAGCGCGAAAGCGAUACGCUGCAGCGGCGCGAGGGGAGGCUUUCUUGCUUCUAGGGGGUGAUUGCGCAGAGAGCUUUGACGACACAAAAGAUCACAUCAUAGCUCAGAAAAUAGAGCUUCUAUACAGCCAAGCUCGCCGUAUUGAAGCCGCCACGGGGCUUCCCGUGCACAUCAUGGCCAGGAUAGCGGGCCAAUAUUCCAAGCCUAGAUCUAAGCUCACCGAAAUAACGUCUGAUGGCCGCGAAGUAUCGGCUUUCAGGGGACACAAUGUCAAUGGCCCUGCCAUCACAGACCGGGAGCCCGAUCCGAACAGGCUCUUACACGGAUAUUGGCACUCUGUAGCCAUCCUGCACAAGUUGGUCUCUACCGGUGUACCACUCGCUACUGCACACGAAGCUCUGCAUUUGCCCUUUGAGAGCUCGUUAACCAAAGGAGGCUACAAUACCUCUGCUACAUUUCUCUGGAUAGGGGAUCGCACUCGCCAGCUUGACGGUGCUCACCUCGAAUAUGUCAGAGGUCUCCGCAACCCGAUUGGCGUCAAGAUUGGUCCCACAACCAAUGCAACCGAUGUUGUUCAAAUCCUUGAAUCCAUUUGUGGCAAGGACAGUCCCAGUGAGCCGGGCCGUGUUACACUGAUCACUCGCAUGGGUGCCGAUCAAGUAAAGUCCAAGCUGCCGGCAAUUCUGGCUGCUGUUAAGAAAAGCCCAUAUUUACCCGUUUGGAUGUGCGAUCCUUGCCACGGCAACACCUUCUCCCACCAAGGCAACAAGACAAGGAGCUUGGAGGUGAUGCUGAGGGAAGUCAAGUACACCAUUGAUGCUUUAGCCGCGCAUGGCUUGCAUCUGGGUGGGUUGCAUUUGGAGCAAACUGGGGAACAGGUGGUCGAGUGUGUCGAUGCCGUUCCUGAUGAGCUAGACCAUGUCGAUUUGCGGAGCAAUUAUAAGAGCCUUUGCGAUCCCCGGCUUUCAAGGGAGCAGGCCCAAAGAUUUGUGGACAAGGUUUCGGACAUGCUGAGUGAUGUUGAAAAAGUUGGAAAGCAACGUUGUAGAGAUGGUCAGGAGGAGUACAGAGCUCGGUUUUUGGGUACUCCUCCUAGUGUAUCACCUCUGGAGUUGAUACCAUCUUUGGUUCAUGGGGUGCCCCGCGUAUCGAUUUGA